ACCCAAGGGAAUGUCUAAAGAAAAUGAUAUCACAAACACCUCUGAUGCAACGGCCCUUUCACUUUUUUAACCUUUCAUUUUCACCCAAUCAUGAAGGCAUUUUUGAACAAUAUUUUGGUUUCUGAGUUUCCGUGUCUCAAGUUUUUCUUUUAUCCAUCGAACCUCUCUAGGACUAAACUGACCCUUCCCAAGAGGGGUUAACAAAAGCUGCACUAAAGGACAAGUCCUUUCUGCCACACAGUCUUGCUUAGUAUUUAUUCUCUUUUAAUUUGUUUCUUCACAGACCCCUCCCCUCUUUGUACCUCAAUGAAGAAGGGUGAAAAAGCUCAGAGUGAGAGUUCUCUCAAACGCUCCCCACCUUCAACCAUGUCUUCCUCCUCCUCUUCUCUUAUCACCACUGUUGUUGUUCAUAAUAAUAAUAAUAAUAAUCCUUCUCAACCUUCUGAGUUAAGAGCCACGACACGUUGUUGUUUUGGCUCUCAUCACCUUCCUGACAUAAGCCUCAAAACUCCUAUGGCUAGGCCUUAUGUUCGAUCAAAAAUGCCUAGGCUUCGUUGGACACCAGAUCUCCAUCGUUGCUUCGUGCAUGCAGUUCAAAGACUUGGAGGAGAAAACAGGGCCACACCAAAGUUGGUUUUACAGCUCAUGAAUGUAAAGGGGCUUACUAUAUCUCAUGUCAAAAGCCAUCUUCAGAUGUACAGGAGCAUGAGACACGAGCAGAUGAGUCAAGGUGCAAAGAAGAAUGAUAUGGCUCCGGAUUUCCUUGCUUCCACACUCUCAACUCUUGGCCAAAGGCAACAGAAUCCUCACAAAAGAAGCUGCACGGAAGAGCUUGUUCCCACCCAAGCUCAAUGGAAUCAUGAUGAGCAAGAGUGUCACAAUGGAAACCAAGGGGGUGAAUCGAUUAUAAUUUAUAACGGCAAUGAACAGAAGGUGCACUCCUACAUCAUCUUCGAGGGUCUUCUGAGAGGCCAGUCUGUCCAAGAGAAUAAAACUACUACUCCUGAGAAGGUGUCACUAGGUGAUGCCGGUGAUGAAAGGGACCAUCAAAGAUUCCAAGACACACUGUCCCUUUCAAUGAGCUCAAGGCCCUCUUCACAUUCGUUCUUGAAUCGGAGCCACACUGGUCCAGAUGCCAAUGAUGUCUCUCUUGAGCUCACGCUCUGUUAGAAUCAUGCACACAAUCAUAACAACAAACCUUUUCUUUGUCAUCAUUUAUAUAUGUUUCUUCCAUCCUACAACUACACUACAAAUUAAUGGUGCAGGACCUUUCAAGAAAGAACAAUGUAUACUAUCAAGUGCUCUUCCGAUAUUGAUCAAGAAAUUAAAAAUAAAAAUAUAAAAUAUAAAAUUUUUAUCAAUUCAUUUUUAUUUCUUAAUUUCUUAAUAAAUGUCGAUGAAGCACUUGGUAGCAGGAGGCCGAGGAAAUUGUAAUACUAACGCCACUUUAGUUUCGUGCCCAUGAUCAGAAGUACUAGAAAAUAAGAACAUAAUAGUAUCAGUAGUACAUAUAAUUAAUAAUAUUAUGUAUUGGUUCCAUUAAUCGCUUAAA